UCCAGCCUGAUCCAGCCUGAUGAUGGCCCCAUUGGUCUCUGUGGCGUUCAGCCCCCGUGCUGGGCUCUUAGCCCAUUUUCUCAGGCUGGGCACUCAGCAGACCGGAUCCCUCCAACUGCACACCGGGGUCAGCUAUGCAGCCAAGAACUACUAUGAGGUGCUUGUGCUGGGUGGAGGCAGUGGGGGAAUCACCAUGGCCACCCGCAUGAAGAGGAAAGUAGGGGCCGAGAACGUGGCCAUCAUUGAACCCAGCGAGAGACAUUUCUACCAGCCGAUCUGGACCCUUGUGGGUGCCGGGGCCAAGCAGUUGUCCUUGUCGGGCCGCCCCAUGGCAAGUGUGAUCCCAUCCGGUGUAGAGUGGGUCAAAGCCACAGUUGUUGAGCUGAACCCAGACAAGAACUGUGUCUAUACGGACAACAACAAGGAGAUCUCCUACAAAUAUCUUAUUAUUGCUCUUGGAAUCCAGCUGGACUAUGAGAAGAUUAAAGGCCUACCUGAAGGUUUUGCUCAUCCCAAAAUAGGGUCCAAUUAUUCAGUGAAGACUGUAGAGAAGACCUGGAAAGCUCUGCAGGACUUCAAAGAGGGCAAUGCCAUCUUUACCUUCCCAAAUACUCCCGUGAAAUGUGCUGGAGCCCCCCAGAAGAUCAUGUAUUUAGCAGAAGCCUACUUCAGGAAGACUGGGAAGCGAUCCAAAGCCAAUAUCAUCUUCAACACUUCUCUUGGAGUCAUUUUUGGGGUUAAGAAGUAUGCAGAUGCCCUUCAGGAGAUCAUCCAAGAGAGGAACCUCACUGUUAACUACAAGCAAAACCUCAUUGAAGUCCGAGCUGAUAAACAAGAGGCUGUUUUUGAGAACUUGGACAAACCUGGAGAGACACGAGUGAUUCCAUAUGAAAUGCUUCAUGUCACGCCUCCAAUGAGUUCUCCUGACGUCCUCAAGCGGAGUCCUGUGGCUGAUGCUGCUGGCUGGGUGGAUGUAGACAAAGAUACUCUUCAGCACAAGAAAUACCCGAAUGUGUUUGGGAUCGGGGACUGUACCAACCUUCCCACAUCGAAGACUGCUGCAGCAGUAGCUGCCCAGUCAGGAAUACUCGACAGAACAAUUUCUCAGAUUAUGAAGAAUCAGACACCAAUGAAGAAGUAUGAUGGCUACACAUCAUGUCCACUGGUGACAGGCUACAACCGGGUGAUUCUCGCGGAGUUUGACUACAGCGCUCAGCCACUGGAAACCUUCCCCUUCGAUCAAAGCAAAGAGCGACUUUCGAUGUUCUUCAUGAAGGCCGACCUGAUGCCUUUCCUGUAUUGGAAUGUGAUGCUCAGGGGAUACUGGGGAGGCCCAGCCUUCCUGCGGAAGUUGUUUCAUCUGGGUAUGAGUUAAGAAUGGCUCCCUGCUUGGUCUCUUUGGAUGGCUUCAGGGCUUAAAUCUCAGUGAUUGACCAAAAUGGCAUGAAGGUCUCAGAACCUAACCCUCUAAGGAGCGUCUCGCUGGAUAUGAGGACCACGGUACCUUUAAACAGCCACUAUAUGGGCAGCUCAAGCUGGCCUCGACUUUUUGGGAAUAAUCAAAUGAAAGAAUAGACUUUUAUUUUCCAAAUAAAAGUUUGUCAUUGAUUGAUUUCUACGAGAAAAUUCAAUCUUCACCAGUAGGAGCAAAAACGGAACACACUUAGGAGAAGAAGCGGCGUUGGUGGGUUGACUAACUUGUUAUCUACUGUCAGUGUUCAAUAGCUAGAUAUUACUUUAUACACAUAUUGGAGUCACAGCAAAGAAUAACCCCAGAGACAACAUUGCUUUAAACACAGUGGGUGGAAACGCUGAACAUGGCUGCUUCAAAGUUUUGCUGUUGGACACACCAGUGUUGGACUGAGAGUCCAGAUGCUUAAGCUCCUCUAUCCCGUUUGUCUGGAGGUGAUGGGUUCUCCACACUAGUGACAGACAGCAUGGGGCACUGGUGCCCAUUCAUUCUAUGGGACAUGGCGCUGCCCUACUGGGCAAUUUUGUCUCUGUAUCCCUGUGAGCCUAACUGCCAGCAUUAUCCUGAAUCUGAGGCUUCCCUCCUCCCUUCUCCUCCUUC